GUCGAGAAAUCACAUUCCAAACAUCAGAGAAGAAGUCCAAGACGCUGUUCCUCGCUUCUGCUUCUGACGGUUCUUCCCGUUUUCUUGGCUUCAAAACGUUGCUUUAAGACGUUUUUGGAGUGAUGGGGUUCUUCGACACCCUGGCCCGGUGGCUGGGCAUGAAGAAAAAGGAAGUGAACGUGAUUUGCGUGGGACUAGACAACAGCGGAAAGACCACGAUCAUCAACAAACUCAAACCGCAAAACGCCCAACAGAGUGACAUUGUUCCGACCAUCGGUUUUACUGUGGAAAAAUUUGCAUCAGCAAGCUUGUCGUUUACAGUGUUUGACAUGUCAGGGCAGGGCAGAUACAGGAAUCUGUGGGAGCACUACUACAAGGACGCCCAGGCCAUCAUUUUUGUCAUUGACAGCAGCGACAAGCUGAGAAUGGUGGUGGCCAAGGACGAGCUGGAGCAACUUCUCAACAACCAGGACAUCUUGAGCAAGCGGAUCCCGAUUCUUUUCUACGCCAACAAGAUGGACAUGAAGGAGUCCUUAUCAGCUGUGAAGGUUUCCCAGAUGAUGGGACUUGAAGCCAUUAAGGACAAACCGUGGCACAUAUGUGCCAGCAACGCGAUAACAGGAGAAGGUCUUCCUGAAGGGGUAGAGUGGGUCACAGAUCAAAUCCGAUCUAUGAAGAAAUAGCAUCUCAGUUAGGAGGCAAGAGGGGAGAAUGAAGGUUGAAUGUGUCAAAUUGCAAUACAUGUAAAAUACUUGUACUGAAAUAAUUACACAAUGUAAUAAUAUGUCUGUAGCUUCACCACAUUUUUAGGAUGUGACACUGUAUAUUGUAGCAGACUGUGCUUAUUUUGUAAACAGAAUAGUUCUUUGAAUAGCUAAGUUCUUUGAUCACAACCAUUUAUUUUUCACGAGCCGACGUUUCGAUGACCGUCUGUCAUCUUCAUCAGGGCAAUUCUGGCUGGUUUACUGUGCACUGAUGCUAGAUGUUACUUGGUGCAUAGUACACUGAAAGUGUUACAUGGCGAGUUGGCUCAUAAAAAAAUCAAUGGUUGUGAUCAAAGAGCUUUGGUAUUCAUUCGUUUACCAACCUGAUGAAAUUAUUUACAAAGAAUAGUGCUUUGUUAGGAAGUGUGUUUUUAAAAGUUACAGUUUAUUUCAGGCAAAGUUACACAGUCAUUUCAGUUAGAGUCCCAAAUUAACCGUAAUAAUAAUAGAUUAUAUUGUUGUCAUCUAAGCUAUCAUUAAUAUUGUAAAUCUUCAGGAAAAUGAUAAUUGAUAGUAAGUUAGAUUUAGCUAUAGCAUAUUUGAAGUGAAUACAUCAAGAGUUUUUGAAAAUUCAUAGAUCAAUUUGAAUAUGUAAAUUCCAUGUCAACUUUGAGGUUAUGUAUUUUAGAAUUACAAAAAUAUAUGUAUAUUUGCAGAUAUAUUAAAAGCUUUAUGUUUAAUGUGGACCAACGAAGGAAGACUUAGUAUAGAUACAUUUGUAAGUCUUGGAAUUUGAACUUAAAAUUUACUCUAAGAUUCUGAUACUCUUUUUCUAAACAUUCCGUUUAUCCCAGUCUUCUCAGUAAACUACAUGUAUUCCAAUUUUUUUUUUUACAAAAAUAGCAGGAAAAGAACUUGCUUGCC